AUGGAGAACGCCGACGAGGACGCCGCCGGCGAGAACCCCGCGUCACCGCCCGAAAACCCUAACCCUAGGCCGGUAGUUGUUGGGGAUACGGCUCCUACGCCGGCUCCUCCGUCCCGAACUCCGUUCACGAGCCUCAGCCAGGUCGAUGCCGACCUCGCCCUCGCCCGCAGGCUCCAGGAACAGGAGAGGGCUUACAUGAUGCUGAUGAUGAAUGGAGGUCAUGGUGGUCACUAUACUGGGUUGGAGUUUGGGAGCGAUGAGGAUGAGGAUGAGGAUAGGGAUGGGGAUGAGGGCGAUGGUAUGCAUGAUUUGGCUGGGGAGGGUCACGACCAUCUGAUUCAUGAUGAUGAUGAUGAUGAUGAUGAUGGGGAUGAUGAUGGUUGCGAAGAAGAUGAGAGCGAUUAUGAGGAGGAUGCCUUCGAUGCUAAUGAGGAGCGGAUUGAUCCUGCUGCCUUUGAUAGUGAUGAGGCGUAUGCGAGGGCAUUGCAGGAAGCUGAGGAGCGGGAGGUUGCUGUCAGGUUAAUGGCCAUGGCUGGAUUAGAUGAUUAUUUGGCUUUGCAACCCUUCGUUGUUGCUGUUGUCCUUUAUGUUGAUACUUGGGAAAAGGUUGACCCAGAUGAAUUAUCAUAUGAGGAACUAGUUGCCUUAGGCGAAGUGGUUGGAACUGAGAGCAGAGGCCUUUCUGCUGAUUCGAUUGCUUCUUUGCCUUCAAUCAGUUACAAAGCUCAAAGUGGACAGGAUAGCAACAAUGACCAAUGUGUUAUUUGCCGAUUGGACUAUGAAGAUGGCGAAUCCUUAGUUUUGCUUUCAUGCAAGCAUGCGUACCAUUCUGAGUGUAUAAAUAGGUGGCUUCAAAUAAACAAGGUAUGCCCUGUUUGCAGUGCUGAGGUUUCAACAUCUGUGGACAAACAGGAUUAA